GAAUCAGAUGAUUGUAAUUUUACUGAAAUUGUGUCGUGUCUAGUUUCUUUGUUUUCUUUUAAUUAUGAUUAAAUAAUACGUAUAAAUUAUAAUAAAGUUUAAAUAUAAGUACGUAGGAGUACUUUAUAAGGGUCAAGUUAAUUAUUCUGAAAAGUAAUCAAAAGAAAUCUCAAUGAUGUCCACGGCUGGAUCGAGUUCUGCACCCACGGUACAAGAGUUUAAAAUAAGAGUACCAAAGAAUGUAAAAAAAAAGUAUCAUGUGAUGAGGUUUAAUGCGACACUGAAUGUAGACUUUGCAAAAUGGACUCACGUGAAAAUGGAGCGAGAGAACAAUAUAAAAGAAUUCAAAGGAAUCGAGGAAGAUAUGCCCAAAUUUGGUGCUGGAUCAGAAUAUGGCCGUGAUAAUCGUGAAGAGGCAAGACGUAAGAAGUUUGGAAUCAUAUCUAGAAAGUAUAAGCCAGAGGACCAACCUUGGAUCCUCAAAGUUGGAGGAAAGACUGGCAAAAAGUUCAAGGGGAUCCGUGAGGGUGGUGUCUCUGAGAAUGCUGCAUAUUAUGUGUUUACCCAUGCGGCAGAUGGAGCUAUUGAUGCUUAUCCCUUACAAGAAUGGUACAAUUUUCAACCAAUUCAAAGGUACAAAGCUUUGUCUGCAGAAGAGGCGGAACAAGAAUUCGGAAGACGCAACAAAGUCUUGAAUUACUUUUCACUCAUGUGUCGGAAACGGAUGCGAGGCGAUGAUGCAGCGGACGACGCCGACGACCCUGACGAGAAAAAAAUUAAAGGCUCGAAGGCUAAGAAAGAUUUGAAAAUAUCAGAAUUGGACGAGUGGAUAGAUUCUGAUGACGACUCGUCAGAUUCAGAAGCUGGAGAGAAAGACAACGAUAGUGACUCGGCUGCCAAGAAGAAAAAGGAGAAAAAAGGGGCUGUGGCAAAGAAGAAGAAGAAGGUGGAAGAUGAAGCUUUCGAAGAGAGUGACGACGGCGACGAGGAGGGCAGGGAGAGGGACUACAUAUCCGAUUCCUCGGAAAGUGAAUCGGAUCACGAAACAAAGGCGAGUAAAGAGUUGAAGGGAGUCGCAGAAGAAGACGCACUGAGGAAACUACUAACCUCCGACGAGGACUCUGAAGAGGAGCAGGAACAGAAGCAGGAAGCAUCGGAACAGGAAGACGAGCCCACCAAGGAGGGAGAGGAGCGCGCCAGCAAGCUCACUAAGAAGAAGAAGAAGGAGGACGUUAAGAAAGAAUCAAGUAGCGAAUUUAGUUCAGAUUCUGACACAGACCCGGAGAGCGCGCCUAAGAAACCGAAGAAAGCCAAAAACGGCAGCGACAAAAACGGAUCCACAAACAAUGCAACGGCGAGUGCUCCGGGCAGUGCUAGUACUUCUCGAAGCGGAACCCCUACUCCUGCCCCCGCCUCUACUACCGCGUCGCACGCGCCCCCUACCAAGAGGGCCAAACUCGACCCCUCCUAUCUCGAAUGCGGCGUGACCGAAGAAGCUGUUCGUCGUUACCUGGCCCGUAAACCCAUGACCACAACGGAACUGUUGACUAAAUUCAAGUCUAAACGGAGCGGAGUCAGUUCCGAACGACUCGUGGAGACCAUGACGCAGAUCCUGAAGCGGAUCAACCCGGUCAAGCAGAACAUCAACGGCAAGAUGUAUUUAAGCAUCAAACCCACCUGAAAGACUGAUAGGUGAUACAAGAACAAUAAAAUACCUACCAAUUGUAUAGAUCUAGUUUUAUUUAU